AUGUCCCCUGUCGCCAUGUCUGUAGCCUCGGACUCCCACUUUGCCCCCCUCAUAGAUGCGCUCCGCACUGCGCCCACUGGCCCAGAUGCAAAGGCUGCUGCCGACCGCCUUGCCCGCGAGAUCAUCAAGACCGGAUAUGAAUCCCUCAGCGAUGCCAAUAUCCUCAAGACCCUUCACGGCUUCGCUACGAACAAAAAGUCUGGAUAUGAACGCGAGUCUGCUGCACUCGCCUUCCAAACACUAGCCACCGCACUCGGAGCCUCGGCCGCGCCAAUCCUACUACCCUAUUUACCUAUCCUAUACGAACUCUACAUGGACAAGGGUGAUGUCGUUCGGACGGCUGCCACCGCGGCUACUAAAGCGAUCAUUAAGUUGUUCCCUCCCGAAGCCACGCCUAUCCUUUUCAGGGCACUGGAGGACAUCCUCGAGACAGGGAAAUGGCGCUCAAAAGUUGGCGUCCUGGAUGCCAUGAAGUCCUACGUCAACCACGCCAAGGAUGCCGUUGCCAAAGAGCUCGGUACCACCAUUCCUAAAGUUGAAAGGGCCAUGCACGACACGAAGUCCGAGGUCUCGUCGGCUGCCAUCAAAUGUGCUACCACUCUUUGCACGUCCCUCGCCAAUCCGGAUCUCAGCCCUCACAUUCCAACCCUCGUCAAGUGCAUGUCCAACCCCGACACCGUUCCGCAGUGCAUCAAGUCCCUGUCAAGCACUACAUUCGUCGCAGAAGUCACGGCCCCUGCCCUUGCUGUCCUCGUUCCUCUCAUGCUCCGAGCCCUCAACGAUCGCUCUAUGGAAGUGCAACGCCGGAGUGUUGUCGUAAUCGAUAAUCUAGUCAAAUUGGUCCGCGACCCUAAUGUAGCCGCCACUUACCUCAGCCCGCUGGUUGAUGGCGUCGAGAAAAUCGCCAAAGGUGCUGCGUUCCCUGAGGUUCGCGCCUUUGCCGAGACGGCGCUUACAACUCUCCUGAAGUCCGGGGCUUCCAAAGACGGACCCCCGCCUGCCCAUCGCGACAUUCCGGCGGAGACGGCGCAAGUAUUGGCGACUCUUCUCACCCUCCUCCCUGAGGAUCUUGCCAUCAUCUCCGCGGAUGCUCCCAAUGGGCCCCAUACCCCUCGUCACCCCCUCCUGAAGCAGGUCCUCGAGUUCUCCGCGGGCCUCGUCGCGGACCUCGUCUACGCGCGCAAGUUCUCCGACGCUGCCGUCUGGCAGCGUAGCCUUGGCGCCCUCGUCCAGCCGUGGUUCUCGAACGGCUCCACGGACGCAAUCAAGUUCACCGAGCAGGUUCGUGCGCACUUUCAAGCCGCGGACGAGGCGAAGCACGGUGGGGUGGCCAUCAGAUCCUCCGAAGAGGGCGAACUCCUGUGCGACACCCUCUUUUCCCUUGCGUAUGGCGCCCUUCUUCUCUUGUCGCACACCCAUCUGCGCCUAUUCCGUGGGCGCAGGUAUGGUAUCUUGGGUACCAAUGGGUCCGGCAAGUCGACCCUGAUGCGCCAACUCCGGGACGGCAAGGUCGAGAACUUCCCACCUCAGGACCAGCUUCGUUGCGUGAUGGUAGAGCACUCACUGCAAGGAGAAGAUACAUCGAUUUCCGUCCUCGACUUCGUGGCUUCGGAUAAGGCGCUGUCACAUAUUCCCCGCUCCAAGAUUCGGGAUCAGCUGCUCGAGGUCGGCUUCGACGAUGCCCGCCAAGCAGAAGUUGUCGGCGGACUUUCGGGUGGAUGGAAGAUGAAGCUUGAACUCGGACGGGCUAUGCUUUACAAUGCUGAUCUGCUGUUGUUGGACGAGCCUACCAACCACUUGGACCGUGCAUCCGUCCAAUGGCUCGAGCAAUACCUGAUGGCGCAGAAGCACGUCACUUGCUUGAUUAUUAGUCACGACUCCGGCUUCCUCGACACGGUUACAACGGACAUCAUCCACUACGAAACCAAGAAGCUUGCCUACUAUCCUGGCAACCUCUCAGCCUUUGUAGCGAAACAUCCGGAAGCAAAGUCAUAUUAUACUCUCGCAGCAACAUCCGUCAAGUUCGCUUUCCCGCCCCCGGGUUCUCUGAUGGGCGUACGCAGCAAUACCCGCGCCAUCCUGAAGAUGACAAACUGCACGUUCACAUACCCAGGGCGUCCUAAACCUAGUUUGCACAACGUCAGCUGCGCGCUGUCCCUGUCAAGUCGGGUUGGCAUCAUUGGGCCCAAUGGCGCUGGGAAGUCCACGCUCAUCAAGCUUCUCACGGGCGAGACGGUGCCACAAGAAGGCUCAGUAUACAAACAUCCCGCUCUGCGUAUUGGAUACGUGUCUCAGCACGCAACACAUCAUAUCGAGCGCCAUCUCGAGAAGACGCCGAUUCAGUACAUUCAAUGGCGUUUCCAAGACGGCCACGACCGUGAGAUCCUGGAGAAGGCUACUCGUGUUCUGACGGACGAAGAGAAGGCACUCCUUGAGACCGACUUUGUUGGGAAAAACGGACAGCGGCGCAAGCUGGAGUUGAUCAUGGGUCGCCAGAAGCUUAAGAAGUCCUUCCAAUACGAGAUUAAGUGGCGAGGCUUCGACCACAAGUUCAACAGCUGGAUACCGCGCGAAGAGCUCCUCCAGAAGGGUUUUACCAAGCUUGUCCAACAGUUCGAUGAUCUUGAGUCUUCGCGCGAAGGUGCUGGUCAGCGAGACACGGCUGCCCACGUCGUUCGCAAGCAUUUGGAGGACAUUGGACUGGAUGGAGACAUCGCGCAGUACAACGAGAUCUCGGGUCUUUCUGGAGGCCAAAAGAUUAAGCUCGUAAUCGCGGCUUGUCUCUGGAACAACCCGCAGAUUUGUGUGUUGGACGAGCCAAGCAACUUCUUGGACCGCGAAGCCCUUGGCGGUCUGGCCGUUGCAAUCAAGGAGUGGGCUGGCGCAGUCGUUAUCAUUUCUCACAACGAGGAGUUUGUCACCUCGCUUUGCCCCGAAAUCUGGAACGUCGAUGCGGGGCGGAUGACGCAGAAGGGCAAGGCGGCGACAAUCGAAGAACCCCUCGCCUUCAAGUCUCCGAGAGGCAGCGGCCAGAACACCCCCGCUCGCUCCGCCGUGGGGACUCCCAUCGCGUCUGCGCACGGGACGCCCGCGGGCAGCGGUGCCGAGGACAACGCUGCGGCCGGGACCGCGACGCCGCAGAAGAAGAAGAAGAAGAAGGUGACCCGCAACCAGCAGAAGGCGCAGGAGGAACGGCGGCGCAUCCGCAAGCUCAACUGGCUCACCUUCGGCGGUCCGAAGCCGGAGGACACCGACUCGGACGCCUGA